AUGGCUCAAGGAUUCAAACCCAAGAAAGUUUCAUCUUCUUCCACAAAAUCAACAAAACCACAGGCCGUCAAAAAAGGCGGACGUACUGUGGCACCCGUAAAAGGACCAGCGAUCACUCAAAUGUUACGAAAACAAAAAGUUUCAAGAGAUGUGACAACUCAAAUCGAACGAACGAUUGUAUCAAGAUCAGUUGGCAAACUAUCAAUCAUGAAACCUAUAAAAGAUGCAGAAGAAGCUAAAAAAGCUCAGGCCAAAGCCACUUCUCAUGUCAAAGCAAGAGCGACCACCAAGAUUUGA